CGGGAACAGCCGUUGCGAGGGUACAGGCGUCAUUUAGCAACACAUUUGAAUUGGAGAAGUAGCUCGUGUGUAACGACAACACUAAUAAAACCAUUAAAAAUAUAUUAAUCUGCAAACGUAGAAAUGUCAGGGACGGACAGGAAAGUUAGCUGAUUCUAUGAAGUUAUUUAGAAGCCAUGAGUCAACCGAGAAACAACAAGAAAAGAGAAACAAACCAAGGACGAGUGAAAAUAAAAGACGGAGGACAAAUAUUAAACACAAGAACAUGGAGAAAACAGAGAGAAAUGAGGGUUUUAGCUGAGAGGAACCCAGCUGUGGUGCCGGUCGGUGUGUGGGUUGAAAGUGGAGAUGAUGAGCAAGAACAUCCGGCGGUUCGGGCGUCGCUCACAGAGGAGCUGCUGGAAGAAACGCGCAGGACGAAGGAGGAGAGUCUGCGGCAGUUUCAGGAUGCGGUGCGAAGACGGGUGUCCGAACAGGCCAGGAUCCGUAAACAACAGCAACUACAGAAGGCUUACAAAAUAGUUGAAAGGGAGUGUAGAGAAUUCCCACAGAGCGGUGAUGUCGUCCAUUGCCUUACACCUAAGAAGAGUCCAUUUCCACCCUGGCCACAAGGGGACCUCGCUGUCGGCAGCCCGAAUGCACGCCGGGUCAAGACUCAAGAGCUCAAGUCGGCCAGCAGUGAUGAUGCAAACCAGUACAGACAGCUGAGCAGAAUCAUGAAGCAGGUGAGACACCGACUGGCUGCAUGCCAAACUGUCACAGAGAGCAAGGAGUUCUCAGAGCUCCCAGGAGGAAUAUGGAAAGUGUCUCCAACUAGAGAUAAGACUGUCAGGAGAAUAACGGAAGAUGACGACGAAGAUGAGGAACAGGAGGAAGGAAAUGAAGAUUUUCUUGGGGAUGAAGAAGAGGUGUUGUUGGUGGGGCAACACGAUCGGCCGCUUUGCUUGCAGAACGGCAAGACAGUGACUUUUCGGAACGACGCGGUGCGUGAAAGGGUGCUGAGAGAAGCACAUCCCACAAGCCUGGACCGUAGAGCCGCUCAGGUGCUGUGGCCGAGAGAGGACCAAGAGGAGCAGAAGAGAGAGGUCCAGAACAUAUACAGUAGACGCUCUCAGGUCCUGAUGUGUCGCCGUCAGUUCAUGGACGUCGAGCGAGAGCAAGCCAAGGAGCAUCAGAGACGCAAGAAACAUCUGAGGAGAAUCGCCAGAAUUAAAUCAGAGAAGGAGCAGCAGCGGGAGGAGGAGGAGAGAAGGAUGAAGCUCGCCCGGCAGCAGGAGGAAAGACAGAGGGAGCUGGCAGAGAGGGAGCACCUCGUUCUGGAGCGACUCAGGCUGGAAGUAGUGGAGCAACAGCAGGAGGAGGAGAGAAGAGCCAAAGCGAAGAAAUCUAAAGAGUCCACAAGGUACGUCGAAGCCUUGCGUUCUCAGAUCAGGGAGAAGCUCGAACAGGAGAAAGUCGAGCUUCCUCCACUCUGCAGCUGCGGCGGUGAGAGUUUUUGGAAUUCACACCCCGACACUUGCGCCAACAACUGCAUCUUCUACAACAAUCCUAAAGCUUACGCUCAGGCCCUGCACUCGGUCCUGUUGAGCUGCGAGCCCUGCGAAGGCGGCGCCGGACCCGGAGGCUUGACGAGGAAAAUCGUGCACACGUUGGCACACAACAGCUCAAAUUUUAUUUAACUUAACUAUGACAGACUGUCACCCUUUACAAAUACCUCAGAAUGCAACAGCAGGAAUAAUAGAUGUUUGUUCGGAAAGUUGAUUUGAUUUAUUUUUUUUUAUCUGUAACAAUUUGUUUUACAGUUCAUUUAUAAAUGAAGGUUUGUGAGGAAUCAAAUAAAAAUGGGAUUUGCUUGA